AUGCACACUGUUGGCAGCAUCGCAUUAGCUCUUGUCCUCAUCUAUGCGGUUGACGGUUACAACGCCGGCGACGACUCAACACCGCGAUACGUCAAUGGGACGUUACUUCUUCGAUCGUCGGAUGUGACAACAAUGGUUUCAGCAGCGUUAGUCGUGAUCAAGUUUUUCACCACAUCUUGGGCAGCUAUCGCGGGUUGGAGAUGUGCAUGGGAUUUGACCCACACGAAGGCAGUCUUGAGCCCCGAGCAGGUAUCAUUCAUGACCAGAUAUCGAUUGCCUCCAUGGCUAAGGUCUCCCUUCGGGCGGCCAAGGGGACGUCGUAGUUGGGCAGUUGUUGUCAUUCUCCUAUCUGCCCUUCCUCAGCCAUUCAUAGCCCCUAUUGUUUCCGGUGCCAUAAACUGGAACCCAUCGUCUAUUGCCGGGGAACAAGAAUCGGCCAUUUUGGUGAACUCAAGCAGUCCGACUGCGGAUGACAGAUACUGGUCCCAGUACACAGACUUCUCUUAUGCCACCAAGAGAACUGACAUCAUCAGAAUGGCACUGGGUUUUGCUAGUAUAGCUUGGUCGGAUACUUCGACUGUCUCCGCGAAUGGAACCUCUCUCAGGGGUAAUGGAUGCCGGCACAUUGUCAACUUUGACGGCCUGGCGGAAAAUUCAACGCUGGUGAAUACUCUUGUACCUUGCAUUAAAAUCCAGAAUAUCUCUUGGGCAAUGUCUGCUGGUGAUAUCUCGGAUGCUGUCUACUAUCAAGCCACAUCAUACGCCGAUGAACUGAGUGUUGUCAACGAUACACUUGACUACUACACAAAUCCAGGACAUGCUGUUGUGUUCGACAUCAAUAACUUAUGGUAUAAAAAUGACGUUGAAACAACCAGUUUUCCGAUGGCUAGUAGAGUCACUGGACCCCAAACUCUGGCUCUUAUCAUAGCCAACCAAUACUCAGACUGCAAGAACCUGGACCCAAACCAGUUUGGAGAUGUGAAUAACUUCCCUCAGUACAAGUCCAGCUACGCACUCGGGAGUUGUUAUCUAUUCGCCAAUGUGACAUUCACCGCUGGCGUAACCACCAGCAAACUGAGCACCUAUAUUUCGCCCCGAGUCAUUGAGGAUCAGACCCCGAUUGAUCAGGCCAUAAUAGAGGAAAAUACCUGGACCCAAGAAGCUGUUUGGCUUCUUCCAGACUUGAUGACCUCCCUCUCCCAGAUGAACUCCACGUUACUUGCAACCUGGCAGAACCUUGAUUUGUAUGCGGAGAAUCUGAUCCGCCAAAGUUAUCUGGCUGCGUGGGAUAGCUUUCAUCGCACAUGGGAUACGAAGGGUACACUUUCUUCGGCAACACCACCGAAGUCGCGGGUCCAGGCCAAUGUAUCCCAUGCGAGAGUUUAUUCCUGGUUGGCAAUAUCUCUUCUCGAGACGGCUAGCGGCAUUUUCUUGGUCUUCUUGCUUCUGAACCCAACCCUUUUCGAGGAACCAGAUUUGCCAUAUGAUACCAUUUCCGAGCCUAUGAACGAAGCAACGGAUAGUGCAAAGGAUGGUGCGAAGGAACUUUUGGAGAACCUCUUUGAGUCGAACUUUUUUUGA